AUGUUGCCCUUGAUCCAAAUCCAUUUGGAAUCAAAUCCGCGGAACUUGGAUGCUCUCGCGAGGUCACCGGCACGAACACAGUCUAGACCAAUACAAUCAUCUAUUCUAAACGUCUACUGUAAUGCACAUGUUUCUGGUAUUGCUCUACUAACAAACAUUAUCGCAACUCUGUGCAUAGCAUGUCAUCGAAUGCAGCUUGUUAUUGCUUACGUGUGCGUAUAAAAGCACAAGAAUUAAAACAUUUUGUGACCCACCGGCGCAUUUCGGAACGCUUGUACGACGAUGUGUGGACCUGCUGCUUCAAAUGAUCUUUCCAUAUAGAUAAAAAGUUGUUAGCUUUGUAGUCAAAUGUAUUUUUCGUGAACCCGUGUGACAUUCCUUUUUGUCAGUGUUUCUUUGCAUUGUAUAGU